AUGGUGCUAGACUCUAAUGAGCAAAAGACGCUUGCAGAUUUAAAGAGAAAAAGGGGUGUAGUAAAGGGUGCUCUCACACGUGUUCGUACAUUUGUAAAUAAAUUCGACCCAUCACUACAAACCGUGUCACUGCUAGAAUUUAGGCAAGAAGAGCUACCGCAAAUUAAUCGAAAAUUCGAAGAUAUACAGUCGGAGAUAGAAUUGCUCGUUGACGAGGAAGAAGAGUCUGAGUUAGAAAGGGAAACGUUUGAAAAUGAGUACUUCGCAAUUAGAUCUCAAAUUCAAGAACUAAUCAGCUUGGAAAAGCCGCAUAACUCGACAGCUGUCAAUGCAUCAUUCCCUGCUAUGAAUAUCCAUAGGGCCCAGUUACAACCUAUACCGCUUCCCAGGUUCAAUGGUAACAUCCAAGAAUGGGCUUCAUUUUUUGAUGUAUUUCGAGCGAUGGUACACAAUGACGAUAGCUAUACUGCAGCACAAAAGUUCUUCUAUUUGCGAUCAAGUUUGGAAGGUCCAGCUUUAGAGCUCAUCCGCUCUAUUCCAGUUAGCGAUGGAAAUUAUGACGCGGUCAUAGGACAGCUGAUUCAACGAUAUGAUAACCACAGUCUUGUAGUUCAAUCACAUAUCCACUCCAUUCUCGACUGCCCCCGAGUAGAAGAAUCAAACCCUAGUACUCUGCAAGUGUUAUAUUCCACAGUUUCUACUCAUGUUGCAGCAUUAAAAUCAAUGGGUCAACCUGUUGAACAGUGGGAUGCCUGGCUCAUUACUAUUGUCACUCGUCGACUAGAUAAGAAUACAGCGCAUAGUUGGCAAUUACACCAACGAAACGCGAGGCUCCCGAAAUACUCCGAUUUGGAAAUAUUUAUAGCAAGUCGUUGUGCUGCCAUAGAGACAUCAGAGUCUUGCACGUCAUCAUUUGAAAGAAGUUGUGAGAGUCAAAUAAAAGGGUCAAGCUCAAAAAGGAUUACAUCAAAUGGCGCAUCAAGAAGGGUGCUUAUUUCUGCGAAUAACAAGUCUAUUCACCCAUGUCCUUGUUGUUCGGAAGCUCAUAGGCUGUUCAUGUGUGAGCAAUUCAAGGGUCUUUCAGUAUCCGAACGUCUUCAGAUGGCGAGAGCAUCACAGAUAUGUUUCAAUUGUUUAUCUUCAGGGCAUAUGGCAAAUACUUGUAGAUCCACUUACAGGUGUCGAACGUGCAACCGUAACCAUCAUUCAUUAUUACAUUUUGAAAAAAAGGAGAAAACUGAAGAGAAGGAACAGCUCAAAGGACAACUGCCAGAUACAGGUCAAACAUCGUCUACCUCCGGAAUCCUAGUGUCUGCACCUAUACCAGCAGAAAUCACGACGGGAAAUUCUCACGUGUUUCUUGCGACAGCCUUGGUUAUGGUUCAAGAUAAAAACGGUGGACGUCGCCAGUGCAGAGCUAUCUUGGAUAGCGGUGCCCGAAUAAACUUUGUGUCAAAAAGAUAUGCAAAUUUACUACAGUUAACAUGUAAGAAGUCUUUAUUACCAAUAAGUGGUAUUGGGGACAAUCGGUUAAGAGCAAGGUCAUGCAGUGAGUUGAAAGUCGAAUCAAGAACGAAUGAAUUUAACAUUAAGAUUACUUGCUACGUAUUGCCUAACAUUGUCGGAGAUUUAGCGCCUUGUUCAGAGCCUGCAGGUGGAUGGGGUAUACCAGAUGCUGUGUCUCCAUUUCUAGCUGAUCCGGAUUUCCAUCGCUCUCAAGCUAUCGAUUUACUUAUUGGAGGUGGUUCGUUCUUUGAUGUUUUGGGAACAAAGAAAAUACCAUUAAAUAUAGGUUCAGUAACCCUACAUGAAAGUUGUUUCGGAUGGCUCGUAACGGGAGAACUUUCCAACCAGCAUUCACGAACACCUUUCUCAAUGGGUCAAACGAUAGAAGAUGAUUGGAAGGCUCUCAGCAGCAUUGAAAAUACAAACUAUGGCCGAGCAUCAAAGGCGAAUAAGAGAUGUCAAGAAGAGCAAGAGACAGUCCAACAUUUUAAGCAACACACAAUGCGUGAUGAGGAGGGACGCUUUAUCGUACGGCUUCCCACUAAGAAGGUGAUCAGCGAAAUAGGCGCAACAUUACCCAUGGCGACCGCACGCUUCCUGAAUGUUGAGAAAAGAUUACAACAUGAUAAGCAUUUGAAGGCUGAGUACAUACGAUUUAUGAAUGAAUAUAUUGAAAUGGGACAUAUAAUUCAAGUAAUGGAUGAUUCGACUCAGACGCAGAAUCCCUUUUAUCUACCACACCAUUCGGUAAAAAAGGCAUCAAGUUUAACUACAAAGGUCCGAGUAGUUUUCGAUGCCUCUGCCAAAAGUACAUCAGGCGUAUCUCUUAAUGAUGCCUUGAAGUGUGGUCCAGUUGUUCAGCAAGAUUUAUUUUCAAUUCUCGUGCGCUUCCGCAAGCAUCAAUUUGUCUUAACUUCGGAUAUAGAAAAAAUAUUUCGUCAAAUAAAGGUUGCAAAGGAAGAUUGGGACCUACAAAGAAUUGUUUGGAGAUCCAGCCCUGAAGAGUUACUACGUUCAUACCAGUUAACUACAGUCACGUAUGGAACAACUCCUGCCUCAUUUCUAUCAACCUAUUGUCUUAUAGCACUCGCAAAAAGUGUUGAGAAGGAAUACCCGAAAGCUUCAAAGGUGAUUGCCGAAGAUUUUUAUAUGGACGAUCUGAUGACGGGGGCCGAUACAGAGGAUGACUGCUGUCAGUUACAAAUAGAUGUUAGUUCAGUGUUAAUAUCAGCAAAGCUACCGUUAAGGAAAUGGUGUUCCAACUCCGAGAUUGUUAUGCGAAAAUUUUUAUCCAAGUCUAUUGACGAUCCUUUGUUUGUAUUAGAUAUAGGAGACGAUGACACGGUCAAGUCAUUAGGGUUGCAGUGGAAACCAGUCGCAGACCAUUUUCAAUAUGACAUCGUAACGAGAUCCACACAAGGCGCGGUAACGAAAAGAGCUAUACUCUCUGACCUGAACAAAAUUUUCGAUCCACUUGGGUUUCUGUCACCAGUUUUAGUGAAAGGAAAAAUAUUCCUACAACAGCUGUGGUCAAUGAAGAUAGGCUGGGAUGCUCAGCUUCCAGCAGACAUUCAGCAAAGAUGGAUUCAUUUUUUUGAUACACUCGAGCAACUCAAGGAAUUGUCCAUUCCUAGAAAGGUUAUACCUGAGCGUACCGAUAUCAUCGAUGUACAUGGAUUUUGUGAUGCCUCAGAGGAAGCAUAUGGAGCCUGUAUCUACAUUCGUACUCAAAGCACCAACGGAAAAUGGUAUUCCAGACUUCUAUGCUCCAAAACUCGAGUGGCCCCAUUAAAAGGAAGUACAAUCCCGCGUCUUGAGUUAAACGGUGCCUUAUUAUUAGCUGAACUGGCUCAACGAGUUGCUGAGUCAUGGCAAAUCAACAUUCAUCAAUUCAAGUUAUGGACGGACUCAACUAUAGUUCUAGGGUGGUUGAAUAGCCAGAGCAGCCGGCUAAAAACAUAUGUUGCAAAUCGAAUAGCUCAAAUCAUGGAUGUAACAGAGGUCAACCAGUGGAACCAUAUAGGAACACAUGAAAACCCAGCGGAUAUCACUUCAAGAGGUUUGGGACCACGGGAGCUUUUAGACGCAAGACUGUGGUGGAAGGGACCCCCCUGGUUAGAAAAGAAUGAGAAGGAUUGGAUAAUAAAUACAAUCGUCAACGAGAAUGAAGAGCUACCCGAAGUACGUAAAGUGAAGUUAGUACUUGUAGCAAACAAUUCAGCAAAUAGUAUAUUAGAACACUAUUCAGAAUGGAACCACAUGUUACGAGGAGUAGCUUGGCUAACAAUCUAUUCGAAGUAUCUGCGUAAGAUGAUCAAUGAACCUCAAUCUUUAAGGAUAUUGGACUUGAACGAAGCGAGAAAAACGGUGCUAAGAAUGGUUCAGACUGAGUGCUUUAGCAAAGAGAUCUUAUCGCUAGAAAAGGGACAUGAAGUAUCAAGGAAUAGCAAGCUGCGGAGUUUGAUUCCCUUCCUACGCGACGGUUUAAUAUUUGUGGGUGGAAGACUCGACAACUCAAACAUGGCGGAUAAACAUAAGCACCCUGUGGUAUUGCCUGCUGCUCAUAAAGUAACCCGUAUGAUAUUUGAAAAAUACCAUCUGGAGCUUCUCCAUGGAGGACCUCAGCUUUUGUUGUCUGAAGUAAGGCGUUUAUACUGGCCACUGCUAGGUCGAGUAACUGCAAGGUCAGUGGUGUGGCGUUGUGUUCAAUGUACGAAAGCAAAGCCACGUUUUAAUCACCCAAUGAUGGCGCCACUUCCAAAAGAUCGAGUGCAGUGUAGCAGACCUUUCACCGUUACAGGUGUAGAUUUUGCAGGACCAAUAUAUAUUCGUAGUGGAUUGAGACGAGUAACUGCUAAGAAGGCUUGGAUUGCAGUAUUUGUUUGCUUUUCCACGAAGGCCAUACAUUUGGAGUUGGUUGACGAUCUUUCAAGUAAGUCCUUUAUAGCGACAUUGCGUUGUUUUAUGUCUAGAAGAGGAAAAUGUGCUAAGAUUUAUAGCGAUAAUGGAACAAAUUUUGUCGGCGCUCAAAGGGAGUUAGUCUCAAUGAUGAAGAAGGCCAGUGUUGACUUAACGAAAGAAGGUAUUGAAUGGCAUUUUAAUCCACCAGCCGCGCCACAUUUUGGUGGCAUAUGGGAGAGUGCCGUGAAGAGUAUGAAGCAUCACCUGAAGAGAGUUAUAUCGGAUCAUAAGUUAACAGACACAGAAAUGCGUACACUGUUGUGCCAAAUCGAAGCUUGUCUUAAUUCAAGACCGAUGACUCCGCUAAGUAGUGAUCCUUCUGAUUUGGCUGUUUUAACCCCAUCUCACUUCCUAAUUGGAGGGGCAAUGUUGUUACCAAAUGAACCAGACAUAUCUAAGGAAGAGCCUAAGGGUCUACGAAGAUGGCAUCUAGUGCAAAAUCUAAUGCAAACGUUCUGGAAGAGAUGGUCAAAGGAGUAUCUACCACAAACUCAAAUUCGUGACAAGUGGAAGUGCAAGAUCCUGCAACUAGUAAAAGGCGAUGUUGUAAUCAUAAAAGACGAAUGUAUGCCUCCAGCUAGGUGGAAGCUAGGUGUAGUCGUAGAAUUACAUCCUGGUUCUGAUGGGAUAUUACGGGUUGCAACACUAAAAAUAGCGAACGGGACGCAGAUACGCCGUCCAGUCAUCAAACUAUGUAGGCUACUGACGGAUAAGGACAACGUAUAA